AUGUCGAACACGACACACUGGACAAUUUUAACUCUGCUUGCUGCUUACGUGGUCGUCUGCUCGGCAGAAAGCCGCGAUGACUGGUGGCAAGGAGCUCAGGAGACACUGGCCAAAGCGCUUAACGUCAAACCGAACACGAAUGUAGCGAAGAAUGUGAUUUUAUUCCUUGGUGACGGAAUGGACAUAGUCACGAUCACCGCUGGGCGCAUUUACAAGGGACAGAAGCGAGGCAAGACUGGAGAGGAGACAGUCACCGUGAUGGAGUCGUUUCCCUUUGCAGAGACGUACAACGACGACCGCCAAGUGCCCGACUCCGCUGGAACAGCUACCGCCUACCUUUGCGGGGUCAAGGCCAACUUUGGAACUGUGGGUCUUGACAGUAGCGUACCGCGUUCUGAUUGUGCCAAACAAUUGGAGGGUUCUGGUCAUGUAACCUCUGUAUUAAAGUGGUCCAAGGAUGAAGGAAAAUCCGUUGGCAUAGUAAGCACUACCCGCUUAACACACGCCACCCCAGCUGCCACAUACGCCCACAGUGCAAAUAGGAACUGGGAAAGUACCUGGGACCUACAAGAAGCCAAUGUCACCAAGUGCCCGGAUAUUGCGUCUCAGCUCUUCGAUAAUAUUGAUAUUGAUGUGAUGAUGGGUGGGGGGAGACGAAAUAUUCUUCUAAACACGACAAAAGACCCUAAAACAGGAAAGAUUGAUAAAAGACACAGAACAGACGGCCGAGAUCUCAUAGAGGUUUCUUGUCGAAUCUGUUCUAAACGUUACUUUCGGAUCGGCAGGAAACUUGCCAUGUUGACAAGAAGUGACCAUGAAGUUUUCAUAGUUUAUGUGAAUCAGAUCCAAGAAUUGGUUGCAGAUUUUGUCCCACAACAACAAACUGGACAGAUUAUAGGAGGCCGGAUAGAUCACGCGCACCAUGAAAACAACGCCAUCAGAGCUUUAGAAGACUUUGUUGCGUUCGAGAAGGCCAUUUCCGUUGCCGUGGAGAUGACCAAUGAAAAAGACACUCUCAUCGUAGUUACUGCGGACCACGGCCACGCAUUUAGUAUUAAUGGACACCCAUCACGUGGAAACAACAUCCUGGGUAUAGUCGACAGGUCAGAUUAUCACCACGUACCCAUUGACGAGAUGCCAUUUGAGACUUUGUCGUAUGGAAGCGGCCCGGGACCGCUACGGGGAAACCUAACAGGUGUUAAAACAGAUGCUCGGGACUAUCAACAGUACAACUCUGUCCAGAUGUUGUCGGGGGUUCAUGGCGGCCAGGAUGUCGCCAUCUUUGCCCGCGGUCCCAUGUCGCACCUGUUCCACUCCGUGCACGAGCAGAACUACAUCGCCCACGUCAUGGCCUACGCGUCUUGCGUGGGCAGCAACAAGAAACACUGCAACAGUGUCAACACGCCACAAGGCGGAUCCAACGUCAGAGUCGGGGCGGUGACAUUGGCGGUGUGCUUUCUGGCGGUAUAUAGGAAUGCCAACAUAGAUUAAUGAAUUUUUAUAUAUUAGCUUCAUGUUUAAAAUUCGUCAUACAAUUAUUACACAGAGAACGUGUCAUACGAUUGUUACAUAUAGAUGGUGUCAUAGUCAUACGAUGAUUACAUAGAGAGUGUGUCAUACGAUUAUUAUGCAGAUAGGGUGUCACACGAUUACUACAUAGAGAGUGUGUCAUACGAUUAUUAUGCAGAUAGGGUGUCACACGAUUACUACAUAGAGAGUGUGUCAUACGAUUAUUAUGCAGAUAGGGUGUCACACGAUUAUUACAUAGAGAGUGUGUCAUACGAUUAUUAUGCAGAUAGGGUGUCACACGAUUACUAC